GCCAAAGAUAACAAGGCUGGACUUCAAGAAGAACAAACUCACUCUAGUCGUUGUUGAAGAUGAUGAACAGGGAAAGGAGCAGGAGCACACUUUUGUCUUUAGACUGGAUCAUCCCAAAGCCUGCAAACACUUGUGGAAGUGUGCAGUGGAACAUCAUGCCUUCUUCCGUCUCCGAGGUCCUGUCCAAAAAGGCUCCAGUCGAUCGAGCUUCAUUCGGUUAGGAUCCCGGUUCCGAUACAGUGGGAAAACAGAAUAUCAAACCACCAAGACCAACAAAGCCAGGAGGUCAGCAUCCUUUGAACGCAGGCCCAGCAAGAGAUACUCGAGGCGAACACUGCAAAUGAAAGCACAUGCUGCUAAACUUGAAGAAACAAGUACUGCAAACAAUGCUGUUACCAACCAAACUAAUGGGUCACAAAGCUGGAAUGCAAAGCCAAACCUGCCUGUCCUAACAGCGGUUCCUUCUGCCCCUGUCUUAGUGGAAAUAGAAAACCUCCCAAGGAGCCCCGGAGCCAGCCAGCAAGACAAGAAGUGCGUACCUCUUGUUGAUUUGCUAGACAGCAUGGAGUUGCCAGAAACUUGUGUCGAUGAUGCCGUCAGCCGUCCCGUUGUUGGCUUGGCAACAGGAGAUUCAGAAGAGGCUGUUCCUUGCCCUCAUCCUGGCACAAAGGAACGUGCUGCUGAAAAAGCAGACUCUGACCCGUUUGAAGACACCUUCCUAAAACUGAGGCAGCUGGAGACAGAGCGCAGCAGCCCGGUGCCAACUGAGCGUCCCAACAUAAACAUACACGUACAGGAUGAAGUGGUAAAGUUGACAGAAAAGUGUCUUAACAAUGCAGUUGAGAGCCCAGUCCCCACAGCAGCAUGGCUUCCAGCAGAUAUCAAAAGCAAUAUCCUGAAGGCCCAGGCAGAAGCAGGGCACAAGGUCACAAGAGAAGACAGCCUGACAGGUGUCAAGAAUUCCAAUAUUCAGGAUGCUGCUGCCAGGAACACUCUCCCAUCAGGCAAAACACAGAGUAGUUCCCCAGCAAUCAGUCCGGUAUUUCAAGACCCAAGAGAGCUCCUGAAAGCAAUCCCUGCCUCAAACACCUUUGUUCCGAAUGUGCUAAAUGAGGACCACGCUGCCUCUAACCAUGAGGGCCUGCCGAUUCCAGCUAACCCGGCUCCAGCCGAGGAGGCCGCAGUGGGAAAGAGCACUCCAGAUGACCGGGACGUUUCCUUAACAUCACUGACAGAGAAUCUAAUCGACUUUACAGAAGCCACGCCUCGGGUGUCUUCCCAGCCCACGAUAACACCGAGGUGGAUAGUGCCAACCGGACUGAUUUCCAACGGGCCUUUGGGAAAUGAUGUUGCCUUGGCUAUGAUGCUGAAAGGCAGCAGGGAGACUCUGUUGUCUUCAGCUGGGUUGCCACCGCCGCAGCAGACGUCCGAGGUCCUUGCCAGCCCAGUCGCUGAGGAUGCUGCAGCAAGGAUGAAAUGUUUACUCACCACUGAGCUCUAA